GAGCAAAAACUCGUCGCUUAUUCUAUUUGAUGUUAAUGACCAUAUGCUGUUGUGAUCCAACAGUCAGCAAAUUCUGUUAUUUUCAAGUUCAUGUUGGAUUCGGAUGCGUGCAAAGCUCCCCCGGGUCACACAAUAACACUGGCAGAGCUGAGCUACGUGGAGCUGCAUGCUCUCCUUGAGUUUCUUUAUCGCGGAGAAUUGCCUAAAGAGAAAUUGGAAAAACAUGUCUACACAUUGUCAAUUGCAGCAGACAAGUAUGAAAUCAAACUCUUGCAGAAAUACUGUGAGCACCACAUGUUAGGAUCUUUGAACACAUCGAAUGCUCUCGAGCUUUUGGAGAUUUCGGAGACAUAUAAAUCUUACUCACAUUUGAAGGUGGAGGCCAUGAUCUUCAUCAUUAAGAACGUCGAGGGCAUUGUCUUCACGCCUAAAUUUGAUGCAUUUGCAGUCGAGAAUCCUCAUUUAGCCGUUCAGAUUACAAGGGCUUCUGUCGUCACUAACAAAAAUAAGAAACAUAAAGUUUGACCUAUGCAUAUGAUAUCUGUGUUGAGAACAAUGAGAUCUCUCUUGUUCAAAUCCCUCCGGAGGCAAAAACACUAGUGAUUUUUUCUCAUCUGUCUAAGCCUUGGUGAUAGAGUUACCCGAUACUUGAAAUUG